CUCAAAUGCGGAGGUAACUGGCUGCCUCAGGCCCCCAUAAUCGGAGCAACGACAAAGCCCGAACCUCGCCAAAGUCGCCCGGACAAGCUCACCUUGACCAGCUUACUCUACCUCCUCCCCUCCACAAUACCAAUUCCUCCACUUUGAACUCUCACAUCUUUUCAAAAUGGAGGGUGCAUCCCGCCAAACUUCAAGACUGCUCCGGUCUCGCAGCGCCAACCUCCUCCCCCAACAGCGCCGCCUUCCCCGAUCAACCACCGCGCCAUGCGUGACCCCGAUACAAACCCGCGCGGUCUCCAAUUCCCCACACAAUCUCGCCCCAGAGUCCCUCUUCAGCAACUUUGCAGCGGCUAGUGGCUCGCAGGGAUCCGGUCUCGGUCCGACGACCUACUUCACAAACCGCCAGACUCUUCCCGCCAACACGGUCGUACGAUUUGUCCCGCAGCAGACGGCGUGGAUUGUGGAGCGCAUGGGUAAAUUCCAUCGGAUUUUGGAACCGGGUUUGGCUAUUCUGAUUCCAUUCGUGGAUCGUAUUGCCUACGUUAAGAGUUUGAAGGAGUCGGCUAUUGAGAUUCCGAGUCAGAAUGCUAUUACCGCGGACAAUGUCACGUUGGAAUUGGAUGGUGUGCUAUACACGAGGGUGUUUGAUGCGUAUAAGGCUAGCUACGGGGUCGAGGAUGCGGAAUACGCCAUCUCCCAGUUGGCACAGACAACUAUGCGAUCCGAAAUCGGUCAGUUGACCCUGGACCACGUUUUGAAGGAGCGUGCCACUCUCAACACCAAUAUCACGCAAGCCAUCAACGAGGCCGCGCAGGACUGGGGCGUUGUCUGCCUGCGUUACGAGAUUAGGGAUAUCCAUGCCCCCGAUGGCGUCGUGGCCGCCAUGCACCGCCAGGUUACUGCCGAGCGAUCGAAGCGUGCCGAGAUUUUGGAUUCCGAAGGUCAGCGCCAAAGCGCAAUCAACAUCGCCGAAGGUCGUAAGCAAUCCGUUAUUCUGGCCUCCGAGGCCCUGCGCGCCGAGCAGAUCAACCGUGCUGCUGGUGAGGCCGAGGCCAUUAAGCUCAAGGCCGAGGCUACUGCCCGCGGAAUCGGGGCCGUCGCCCGCGCCAUCCAGGAUGGACAGGAAGCUGCCCAGGGUGCUCUCAGCUUGCGUGUGGCUGAGCAGUAUGUCGACGCUUUCUCCAAGUUGGCCCGCGAAGGUACUGCCGUCGUUGUUCCUGGUAACGUCGGUGACAUGGGUGGUAUGAUUGCCUCGGCCAUGUCCGUCUAUGGCAAGAUCAACGAGACCCAGGCCAAGAGCCUUGCUGCCAAGGCUCUUGGUCAGGAGCAGACUCGUGCUACCAAGGAGUCGGACGAGUUUGACGAGGUGGAGAAUGAUCUCGAUUCGGCCUUUGCUGAAGAGGCUUCGCGAGAUGAUGUUGCGCAGAGUGUACUGGAUGGAUUUGAUGAGGCCAGCAGGAAGAAGUAAAUAAGUGCACACACAAGCGAAACGAAACGAUCAACACCCCCUCUCUUGACCUUCCCAUUUUCCUCUUCUCCUGAUGUAUGCUAAUAUCAUUCUCAUUCUUCCCUUGUGUCCUGCAUUAUGUCUCAACCGGGUCUCUUUACCUCUCUGUAUCACUCCCCUCCGUUGAAUGUCUUCACCCGAGCUACUCUUUUGCCUAUUUGGCAUAUUUCUCUGGGUUCUGAAAUCGCAUCGUUGCUCUUCUCGGGGCUACGCGGGAUAACCCGACCGGUCUUCGUUGUACUUGUACAUAAGGGUAUUGUUGGCAGUGACGAGGAAGACAAAGAGGAAAUUAAAGAAAAAAAAAGGGCCAUUGUACAACAACCGUGUAAAUUUGUUCUCGAAUCCUCGCCAUUGUCUUUGAAAGCGAAUCAAAUAAAAAAGUGUCUUGUGUCU